UCUGAAAGAGUACUUAUGUACAUGAACUGAACGAUAAGUAUCAGUAUAGUAAAGGGUACAGAAGAAAUGAUAUGAAAAAGAAAACUGCAUUUUUGUGGAAAUAAGCCAACAGAAAGGGAAUCUGUUUAGUUGUGAAAUAACGCUUUGCUUCUGCUGUAAUCAGAACGCGUUACAGCUCUAAGUACGAAAUGAUUUCUGAAAAAAACUGUUUCAUGCGAUGCACACUGAAUGUUUCGCACAAAUGCGUAGUUAUGGAAAAGAAUGCAAAAUACAUCAAGCCAUUACUUCUGAAGGAAAAGCUAAAAAGCCUUAUUUGAAAUUGUGAGAUAAGAUAUUUUAUUUUAUAUUGCGGCCAAAAACAGCUAUUAAAUCCCAAUAAUCUCUCUUGAACUUUAAUACAAAAAAAAUGUAUAACAUUCUGGUAGAACUCGAAUAAGAUCCUUCUGAAGCCAUUCCUUUCGCUGAGAGAUAUUUGUCCACAGUUUUUUAAAACUUUCUGUUAUCGGAAAAUUCUAUCCUUUGUAUUUCAAUAAAAAAUCUUAUUUGCGAAAGAUCUUUUAAAACUCUUAGAAGCAGCAAAGUGCUUUUAUUUAAAAGGAAUAUUCUUUAUGUGUAGCUCGUGCAUGAAAUGGAAUAAAAGAAAACUUUAAAAGGAUUAUUAUUUUAUGGUAAUACUUUUCAAGAACUUCAUGAAUUAUAAAGUUUCUCGAUAUAUUGGAUUUUUGACAAAAGCUUUAUUCUAUUUCGCCGCAAAAUUAGAAUAUUUUAUGACUUCUCACCGUCAUUUAUUUAUGAGUACGUGCAAAUACAUUGCACAAUAAUACAUGCGGAAUAAAUUUCACACCGAAUUUAUUAACGUUCAUUUCUUUUGAGUAGCUUCAUAUCAGACACUCGAAACAUUAUUUGAAUGCAGUAAAAAAAAGUUUAAAAAAAAUCUACGAAUAUGUGUUCAUAAGAAAGUUCUGGCAAAUAGUAUGUGCAUUUAUAUCAAAGAUAAGUAAAACUGACGAAAUAAGUUGUCAAACUAUUAGUAUUUGCUUGUUAGUUGAAGAUGGGUCAUCCAUUUUAUGGAUUCCGAACCAAAAGCAACUGGAAUAACGAAAGAGUGUUUCAAACAUUUUGAAGUUAUAUUUCUCUAAAGAAUUUUUGAGAUUAAUACGAUUGAACUGCAUUCAAGCAGACAAAGAAUAAACAGUUUUUAAAAAAGAAAUUUAAAGUUCUGCAGUCGAUACUCAGCAAAAAGAAAAAAAAAAUGUCGGACACCCAUCAAAAGAAUGUGCAACCACCUGAAAAAGGUGUGAAAGAGGCACCUGUCAUCAAGCCAUUGAGUGCCAUCGCACAUCGUAUGUUCCACCCACCGAAACUUGAAAGGAAGCACAGCAGUGGAGACUUACAUAGCAGACUUAAAACAAGAAAGAUAUUAGGCGUUGGUGAGACAGACAAUGGAGAUAUUCACAGGUCAAAGAUAAGUCAACUUCUUGGACAUAACGAGCACUUGUACGUGAAAUUUCCUCGUGGUUACUGGCUUUGGCAUUUUUCGAUGGCGUUGGCGUUCACAUUUCUCGGUCUCAAUAACUUGUUUUUUCCUGAUAAAUCUUACGAUUUACCAGCAAUAAACGAUAAUCCUCAACUAAUUGGACACCAGGAUCUGGCAACUAGAUUUUAUGGAUGCGCUUUGUUAGCCGUCGCAUUUUGCCUGUGGACAUUUUGGGGCACAAUGGAUAAAGGCGUUGUAAGGACACUACUUCUCGCCUUGGCAGUCUGUCAUUCCCUUCAGGUAUUAGCGCUGAUUAUUUCUCAAUGGGGAUCUCUAUGGAACUGGCGCACUUUGACCUACCUUCUGAUGCGCAUCAUCCUCAUAUUACCGAAUGCUUAUUUCUACCGGAAUAUUGGUUUCUGCGGUUUGCGCAUGCGCAAAUCAACAUCUUUCAACAAUCUGAGAGACUGUGGUUAUAACAGCACGUCUGCUAUUAACAGCCAAGGCAAAAAAGCGGACUGAGGCAACUCGAAGAUUCCGGAGGAUACGUGGGUGUGCUUAAUUUCAUCUAAUUUUUCAUCUUCCUGAUGUAAUUGGUUAAAUGUUUGCAAAUCAGUAUCAGUUGGGUCAAAGGAUUUCAAAUUAAAAUGAAAGAAUUUAUCUGGUAAACAAUUAUUGCAUAAGUGUUGAGAAGUUUCUUAAUGCAUUUAUCUUUGUCUAGAAUUAAAGAAUUUCUAUUGUCUAGAAUUUCUACAUAUAUUGCGGAAAUUCUUCUAUGUCUUGGAAACUGAAAUUGGAUAUUCAUGCUGUUUUUUACCUUAAAAUUUUAACAUGCAGUUUUUUAUGAAAUAGUCAGGAGAAUUUUUAUUUAAUUAGAUGUUAAAAAUCCUACUGUUAACUGUUUUUCAUAGAACCUAAAAUAUUUUUUAAAAAAAUAAAAUUUUUAAGUAAGUUGUUUUUUAAACUCUUAGCCUUUUCCAAUCGAAAUAACAGUUAAAUUUAAUCAUAAUAUUAUAAUGAUUAAAUUUAAUCAUAAUUAUUAAAUAACAAUUAAAUUAUCAAUGCAAGUUUUCUAAUACUUCUGAUAUAAAACUUUAUUCAGUCAGGCAUUUUAGAACUAAAUUUUUUACGAAAACCAUAUUGCAAAAAAUGUAAAAUAAUGUUCAGAAUAUAAUUUUUUUUUAAAUUUCUUUAUUUAGAAGAAAUUCUUAGAGCUUGAUUUAUUACUUAAAAAAUAUAAUGGUAUGUAAUAUAAUUUAAUUUUUUUUGCAUAGAUUCUUUAAUAAAUCUGCAGUGCAACACAGAUAACUUGUUUGAAAAUACAGUAUGAAACAAAAGUAAUGAACUGGCUAUAAAUAGUUUAAAUAAGAUAAUUCUUAUUUUCACUUUGACUUAUUUAACAUUAAUAUACAAAUUAAUGUUAAAUAAGUUAAUAUAUUAAUAUAUAGUCGAUAUAUUGAUAUAUAAUAUUAUUAAAUAAAAAUAAAUGCAUUGCCAAUAUAAGCACGGACCCAACUGUUAUUUAAAGGUUAAGGUGAAUUAUGAGGAAAGUGUAUGAUUUGCAAAGGCAUUUCAAAGAAUAUCACAUAGCACACUCCAUACAUUUUUAACUUUAUGAUACCCUGUUUAUUCUGUGAUCUUCGUUGUGAUGUCUGUAGUACACUGUAUGUCUGUAAAAAAUUUGUUUAGUUCAACAACUUACUUUGGUUGUUUAUUUAUUUUCUUGUAAAACUUUAAAUAUUUUUCCUUCUGAUUCUAACUGCAUCUUGUAAAUUUCAGAGCAAUACGAAAUAAGAAAAAUAGUUUGUCUAAUGUAAAAUAUUUUUUGUAAAUUCUUCCAAUCGAAAUUAUGAUCACUAUUCAAGGAAAUAUGUAUAGCAUAUUUUGCUAUCAGUAUCCAAAUCCGAAUAUCAAUACAAAAAUUCAUGAAAAUUAAAGAUAAAAUCGUUUUAAAAGAUUAGAAGAAUUGUAAUAUCGUGAUCGUAAACGCUCAAAUUUUAUAACUAAAUAAAAUUUCGAAAUUUAAUGCUUCAAUAAUGUAUGUACACUCUGCACACACACAAAAAAAUGGGACAGUUUUAUAUCUCCCGUUCUACUGGGGCGAUUGACGAAAUUUAACUUUCGUUUCACAUGUCUCGAAAGCGCGACUUGGGAUAUAUAUUACAUUUUUAUGUAAAAUUGUUCUAACGUAGGUAUUUUGUUAUAAACUGUGACUUAUUCUGAAAUGAUGUAACGAUUUUCUUUCCAUACUUAAGUUCUAGGCCUCAAACCGCAUCCAAAUAUUAAAUUUUGUAAAAUUUGUUGAGCAACUUACCGAGAAAUUCAAAAAUUUAGCUUGCCGCACAUUGGCGCCAAUACACUUGGCGAAAUUCUUAAUUUAUAGUAACCUAUUUUUCUUUACCUUCUUCUCUUGUGCACGAGCGGAAAAAAAGGAGCUUCGUUAAUUUUUUUAAACAAUUUUUAAAAAAGUUCUUAAAGCACAUUUGGCGUUAUUGUCGCUUAUAAAAAAUAUUUCGAACCUAAAAACGCGCCAGUAUGUCAAUUCACGUAUAUCUUUGGCAAUUUUGAACAAAAGCUCUUAAUUUUUUGCAGGUAUGCCUAGAAACACAUCUACUUUAAGGCUAUGGUAAAAAUUGUGUAGGUUAUAAUUCAAAAUGUUUUUUGA